GCCCGGACAAGCCGGUCAAAGACUUAACCUAUAAUCAGUUAAAGAAAUAUCUUCAGGAAAUGCUUUCGCCGCACAGAAGUGUAGUUGUCUCGCAACACUAUUUUCUCAGCACGUAUCAGAAAGAAGACCAAACUAUUCCAGAAUUUGUGGCUGCACUACAAAGCAACGUGACCGAAUGCAAUUUUAAUGUUAUCUGCGAGUGCAAUAAAGUUGUCUCUGUUGCUAAUCUGUUUCUCAGGGCACAAUUUAUUAGAGGUCUUAAAGACAGCUGGAUUAAGGAACAACUUCUACAGGCCAACGUUACUGAAUUUCCAGAAAUAUUAAGCAAGGCAAUUGCGUUAGAAGCCUCCAGACUUGAAACUCAAGCUCUUUCAAAACAACAGCUUGCAACGGGAUAUGACACGGCGUCGGAUAUAAACAAAGUCUCUUCCCAGAAUAGAUCCAGACGUGAACAACAUCAAAAUCGUACUAGGGUACGAUCAAAAACUCCAAAUUAUAGAUAUCGCUCUUAUUCCAGACCAAAAUUGAAAUCCAGGAUUGAUUUUAAUGCACUGGGAAUUGCCGGAUUAUGUCUCAGGUGUGGUAAGAAUAAUCACAAUAUAGGUAAUAAGCAAGAUUGUAAAAUUAUUGAUAUAUAUGACAGUCCAGCCGAACAAGUCUCAACGAUUGACUUACAAAAAUAUUUUGUCACUGUACUUUUAAAUGGUAAACCAGCAGUAUUUGAAGUAGAUUCCGGGGCUGGUUUUACUUUAUUGCCGGAAGAUAAAUUCCAGAAAUUAAAUCUUGAU